AUGACAAUGGAAGACAGAAGCAGCCACACUGGCGUCAGAGAACGGCUGGGACUGAGCUUCACUAUUGACUACCUUCUGUUCAAUAAAGGAGUCAAAGGUUCUAAAGAAGAAGCGACAGGAAGUCGUACGGCAGAGCAGACAGCGAACAACAUGCUAAAUCAUCAGAAUCCUAAACCCGAAGAGGUGGGGAUUCGCUCUGAGAUGAAGGAGACGCAGCUACAGAGGUCAGGGGUAGACAUUGAAGAAAGGAAAGUCAAAGAAGAGGAGGGGGGUGAAGACCAACAAGAGGAGGGGGAGGAGGAAGUGACCACCACCAUUUCUGUCAGCAGCGAUCCGGAGAAGUCUGACAAGUCGGACAAACCCAACCAGUCGUACAUUGCACUCAUCUCCAAGGCAAUCCUUGCAUCCGAGCAGAAGAAACUGCUGCUAUGUGACAUCUACCAGUGGAUCAUGGACCACUACCCUUACUUCAAGAGUAAGGAUAAAAACUGGAGGAACAGUGUGCGUCACAACUUGUCUCUGAAUGAUUGCUUCAUCAAAGCAGGCCGCAGUGACAACGGUAAAGGCCACUUCUGGGCGAUUCACCCAUCAAACUAUCAGGACUUUUCUAACGGGGACUAUCACUGCCGAAGAGCGCGGCGGAGGGUUCGUAGGGUGGCAGGACAGCUCCCCCUUUCCUCUCUGAGCUCCCCAUACCACCCUGCCCUCGCCCGCCCCCACAGAACCACCUGUUGGUGCUGUCCUCAGGCCCCAGUGCUCCCUCUGUCCUGCGUGGCACCUAGACUCUACUGGCCUUGGUCCCGUGUGCAGCCACAAAUCGAGCUGGAGCCAAAACCGAGAUUCUCCGUAAGGUCCCCUCAGGAAGGUGAGCAGGAGGGCAGCAAUGAAGGUGGGUCCCCUCGAGUGGCUGAACCACAGGGCGGUGAAGGUGGGUCCCCUUGGGAGGCCAAGCAGGAGGGCGGUGAAGGUGGGUCCCCUCAGGUGGCUGCGCUGGAGGGCAGAACCACCGGCAGAGCAAUUCUGGUGGGCGAGCAGGAGGCUGGCAGAGCCCCUCUGGUGGGCGAGCAGGAGUUGGCCAGACUAGUGACUGGGGAUCAGGAGGAGGAGACAGCCAGGCCACCAACAAGAGAUCAGGAGCAGUAG